AUGUGGCACGACCAUCGUCCCACUUGGUUUGCAUGGAAAAGCACGCACAUUACAGGCACCCCACCUCCUCCUCCUCCUCCUCCUGACCAUCGCAUGUCUCCAGCUGCCUACCAACCUCUUGACUUGAAAACCACGUCCGUCCCUAUUGCGUGUUUGAUCAUCUUCGAGUCUCUUCUCCUCCUCCUCAAGAGCGUCUCGGGGCCAUCUCCCCCUCCUCCAUCAGCCACUCUCCGAUUUGCUGACUGCCCUAUGCGUCACAAGUCGGAUGGUCCAGCACCCGCUCCUGUCCGUGCUGCCACUUCUCGACUCGAGUCACCAUCUCGCCACCACUUGUUUUCAGCUCGAAAAGUUCGACCGAGUGACCACGACCUCUACCAGUGCGUCCAGCGUGUCGUGGUGCCCCAUGGUCCAGUCAACCUGAAGAAACUCUCGUCCAAGCGAGGGUGGAAACGCGUCCGAAGAGGGGUCCCCAGUACCAUGAACAUGUACUGCCGCGUCCGCCACACGACGCCAUCACGACAGUGUCAAGUUGCAGUGGACGGCGAGCUUCGAGCCCCCGUGUCGGAAGUGCUGGCUCUCUUGCGAGCUCCUACUGAGAGCGAGAGCAACGCGCUCUUGCGGGCGCUGUUUGGGACGCACUUUAUCUACAGCUCGCUAUUGUAUGCGGUACCUUCGCCUUGCACGGACCAAAGUCCCGUCCUAUCAUCGUCCCCUCCUUCCGAAUUGACGGGUGUCAUGACUCCUGGCCAACAACUAACGGUCCGGACAGUGAGUUUUGCACGGAAGCGGCGCCUCCCGAGGGUGUUCAACCCAGGGAAUUCCAGAAGUCGUCCGGCAUUUCUGUCGACUUUGAGGACGGUAUCGGAACCCCAAUGUACGAAUCCCUCGACCCGAGAAAGGGCGAGGAGUGCCAAGAACGAACAGUGCUGCUACGUCGAGCUCUUUACGCCUACCGUAGCAGGGUUUAAACUAGCCUUCUGUACGUUGGAAGCAGCCGACGUUUUCGCUGGCAAGGCACCACCUGAACGGGUGAUCCCUCUACAUUUGAUGACAGGCUGGUUAGUCGUCGAACCAAGUCUUGGGAAUCCGGAUUCGCUUCGACUGACGUUCCAUGCUGCUUUUCCAGGCAAAGUGCCUGAUGGAUGCGACGCUCAAGUAGCUCUUAGUCGCCUCAAGUUUGUUGCGAAGGGCUUGUGUCAGUUAGAAAAGGUGCUUCGUCGCCGUCGACGGAAUCAGGACCAACCAUGUACACCUCGUGAUGGCACGUGGCAGACCUUGCGCCACCCUUUUCGAGCCAUGGUACAGGAUGAACGAUGUGGUGGCACGCACCGCAAUUGGCACUGUAUCGCCUGUACCCGGUCUUUUUUCCCAACGUUUCGGAAAUGUUGGCGACGCUGUGACUUGUGUGCAUAUCGAGUGUGUGACGAGCCGCCCUGUUGUUCCCGGGAACGCGUGGCGAUUUACAACCGGUACAUUGCACCGCUCACUGUGUGUGCCCGCUGUCGGGAGUGUAUUGAUGAGCAAGAGAACGAGAGUCGUGCAAGUGGCAAUCCAGUUGCAAGUGGUGUGGGAGACGUCCGAUAUACAGGUGUGAGUCUGCAGUUUGCCGAUCGAGAGAGUAAAGUCGAGCCUGAGUCGGAAGUGGAUUCGUCCGGCUGCAGUCACGAUGGUCGAUGGGGAUCCAGUGGCAAUUCAAGAUUCAGUCGAGGUGGUCGAAUCAAGCGGAACGUGCUACCAUCUAACUCGCCUUCAUCGACAGGUGACGUGAAGUUUUCAAGCUCUGGAGACGAUGAGAGGGCUGCGGGAGCGGAGGCUAGACCAGGAGCGAGUACGGCACUUUGA